AUUUGUUUAUAGUUGAGUGAUGGGUAUCCGGGGCUUGUUAAGUCAUUGUUUGCGGAGGAGGGAGGAGUGUGUUGAAGAUGUGGACUUGGUAGCUGUGGCCAAAAGUAGAGGAGGCAUCGAAAUCCUCGUGGACUUUUAUUCUUUUGAACACAUGCUUCUUCCAAAGUUCUGGAAAGGUUUAAGCAGUCUCAGAAACAAUGAAUACUUGAGAAUACUAGGAGGAGAAUAUGGAUCUAUGGAUCAUUUCAUAAGAAGAUUUAUUGAAAUUUUCAAACAGUUAAAGAUUUCUUUUGUGUUCUUCAUGGACGCUACCAAAGGCUGUUCUGAUGCCAAUACACAACACAAGUUAGACACUUGGAUGAAAAGACAUCAUAGGGAAGUCAGUAAUCUAAACGAGGUGAUCAAUGUGUGUAGAGGAACAAAGGAAAUGUGUGACUUAGAGGAACAAAUGUUUGUGAGACCUGUGUGUUUAGAGAUCCAGAUUGUUGAAACACUGAAAUCUUGUGGAUGUGAGUUAAUCCAGAGUGUGACAGGGGAAGCAGAUUUUAUGAUUGCGAAAGCUCUGCAUGAACGUGAAAAAGCUUUUGUGAUUUGGAGUAAUGAUUCAGAUUUUUGUAUUUUUAAGAACUGUAGAUUUAUCCCAAAUGAACUGUUUGACUUUCAAAAUAGCUUACAAAUAGGUCUUCCCAUUGAAGUUCCUGUGAAGCCUGAGUCAGUUAUGUGUGGUAUAAUCUCCACAGAAAGAGUCAUGAAUACUUUUGGGUUUCAGAGUCACCAUUUAAUGACAGAACUGAGCAUUAUUGCUGGCAAUGACUUCACCUCUCAGUAUGUCACAGAAGGAUUAAAUGGACAGCUAGACCUGCAGGGGAGAAAGAGUGUGGAAACUUUUGCAGAAUGGGUCAACCGCUACAAAGCGAUAGAAAACCAUCCCAUGUUAUACAGAGAAAUGACUCAUAAUUUUGCCUUUGCCAGAUCUGUGGAACAUUCUAGACUGUUUUAUGACCUUCAGUCAAGCCCUGAGGAAGUAGUACACAAAGGAUACUUUUCUAAACUUCUAGCAGAGAAGAUAACCUUACUGAAGUACCCCACACAUUUAAUGGCCAUGCAUAACAAUUUUUACUGGCACCGCAUGCUGCAGGAGGACACCACCUAUGGUCAGCCCUGUGUUGAGGUGGCGCUGGCUGAUCUCAGAUCUCAUAUCUACAGAAUUGUCCUUCCACGCCAAGAAAAUCUUGUCAAUGAGUAUGGACGCAGCCCCUGGGAACCACUUAAGAUUUCAGGGAUUUUAGCCAUUGAUGACCCAGAAAUCCCACCUGUUCACAAAAUUUAUGAAGAUAAGACAUUCUGGAACCUAAAUAGCUUUCAUCAUAUCAUGUCACAUAUAGAACCAGUGGUAAAAACAAAAUGGUUUGACCGUUAUGGUAGGAAGAAUGGUUUCAUUGUGUACUGUCUGAGGUACUUCCUUUUGUUAACCUGGGGUCGGAAUCUUCACGUCACCCAGCAGGAAUUCCUGGCCCUGUGUGCCCUGGUCUUUGCCCGACCCCGGGAGGAACACUAUCAACAGAUCCGAAUCCGCCCCACCCCCAGAUGCGUGACCAUGGGAAACUGGUUCCUUGACAUUUAUCGUCAUGCCUUCCAUUUCCUGGGAAAGCUUCUUUUCCUGACCCACGAGUUUCCGCUGCCUUUGGAGAUUUUCUGUGGAUCAGCAUGGACCUGUUUCUACAUGACUUGUAAAGACGACACAUACUAUUCAGCCUCCACACAGACCACCCCAGAAGUUCUCUGCUGGAUACAGGAUCAGAUGAAUGCAGUGGUUAGUGAGAAGCGUCAUGUGAUCAAACACAUCACAGAGGGAGUGUUCGAAUUCAAUGACAGAUUCUAGCCCCAUUCAGCAGCAGUGUUGUUGAUUGAUGAGUUUUCUGAACAGUUGUGCCAUUAAUAUAGUGCUGAUGUCAUUGUUGAUGCUGAGCUUCCCUUUUCCUAAAUCCAGGAAGAGUUUAAUUGUUAAAAAUUGUUCACGACAUAAAUCCAGUUGAGGAUUUCUAUUGCAGAAUGCAUGCAUAUGUUUAGCUUUAGUACCAAGUGUUUAGCCUAAUUUUAAAUUUGUAUUUAUUUCCCUUCAUGGAUUAUUCCAAAAGAGUUUUUUUUCCCACAAAAAGAAUUAUUAUUGUAAAUCACAUUAAAGAAAGCAUGAAUCAAUGCCUUUCUAAACUAAUAGUAAGAAACUUAUCUAGUCUAUCCAAAGUUGUCAUAGGGAAGGAAUCAAAAUUAAAAUUGUUUCCCAUGGUAAAAUUUUAAGGCAAAUUUAAAAAUAAAAUUUGCAGAAUGUUGUUGCUUUUCUUACAGUAAUAAAAGGCUUUAUAAUUUA